AUGUCUGUGCCCCAAAUCCAAGUGGAAGAAGUGGGUGGCAAGGAGGGGCCAACAGGACCAGCUGCACCCCCUGACGACCACCUCCGGAGCCUGAAGGCCCUCACAGAGAAGCUGAAGCUGGAGACGCGCAGGCCGUCCUACCAGGAGUGGCAGGCCAAGCUGGAGGAACACGCGUGGCCUUUCCCCAGACCGUCUGCGGAGCAGGAGACCAGCUUGGAGCAGGGGGAGCUGGCCCGGGACGAGCGCCUGUCCCCACAGGCGGAGUCCAGGCAGCAGCCCACCUCCUCUGAGGGUGCGGGACAGGCUGGAGAUGCGCCCCUGGCCACUAGCAAGCUGGAAGGUUUUCAAAGUAUUGAUGAAGCCUUAGCCUGGCUCAGGAAGGAGCUGACAGAGAUGCGCCUGCAGGACCAGCAGCUGGCCAGGCAGCUCAUGCGCCUACGCGGGGACAUCAACAAGCUGAAGAUUGAGCAGACCUGCCGUCUCCACCGCAGGAUGCUUAACGACGCCACUUACGAGCUGGAGGAGCGGGAUGAGCUGGCCGACCUCUUCUGCGACUCACCCCUGGCCUCCUCCUUCAGUCUCUCCACCCCGCUCAAGCUCAUCGGGGUCACCAAGAUGAACAUCAACUCCCGGAGGUUCUCCCUAUGUUGAGAGGCCCCGGAAGGCACUGGAGGAGCCAGGACAUAGCGCUUGGGAGGGCGCUGAUGCUGA